UGACCCCCUUGAGGUGACAGUUUGGGAGCCACGGGACUGGAAGCAGGAGCUAGCCAAUAUCCGCACCAUGAGAAGCAGGAAGGAUGCACCUGUGGACCAACUAGGGGCUGAGCACUGCUAUGACUCCAGUGCCCCACCCAAGGUACGAAGAUACCAGGUGCUGCUAGCUCUGAUGCUUUCCAGCCAGACCAAAGACCAGGUGACAGCAGGCGCCAUGCAGCGACUUCGGGCCCGGGGUCUGACAGUAGACAGCAUCCUGCAGACAGAUGACAACACGCUAGGCAAGCUCAUCUACCCUGUGGGAUUCUGGAGGACCAAAGUAAAGUUCAUCAAGCAGACGAGUGCCAUUCUGCAGCAGCACUACAAUGGGGACAUCCCAGCCUCUCUGUCAGAGCUGGUGGCACUGCCAGGCGUCGGGCCCAAGAUGGCACACUUAGCUAUGGCUGUGGCCUGGGGUAUUGUGUCAGGCAUAGCAGUGGACACACACGUGCACAGAAUUGCUAAUCGACUGAGGUGGACCAAGAGAAUGACCAGAUCCCCUGAGGAGACCCGCAUUGCCCUAGAAGAGUGGCUGCCCAGGGAGCUAUGGAGUGAGGUCAACGGGCUAUUGGUGGGCUUUGGCCAGCAGAUCUGCCUGCCCGUCCAUCCUCGCUGCCAGACUUGCCUCAACAAGACCCUUUGUCCUUCUGCCCAGAGCUUCUAAGGGCCAUGAGGCUUCAGCUUGGGUCCUGUUGUUGCUGUUACCUAUGAAGUGCCUUUGGGGAGGGGGUCACAACCUGUGUAAUAAAGCUUGGGGAUUGUUUGUAACUAAUGUCUGACUAUCUACAGGAUCUGAGGGCAGCCAGGAAGCAUGUGUGUAUACUGCUCAUGGGUGUUAGGCUGGGUUUCCUGGGAGAAUAUGACAGCCCAUGCUGUGUACUCACAGAGAAAAGAAAUAGUGACAGCCAGCUGCUAGGAAGCCUACAGUAAGUCUCUGACUUACAAACAUCCGAGUUGUGAACUUUCAGAUAGGAAGGGACCUCACAUUGUGAACAUUCAUAGGUGGGAACAAAUCAUGGAAAUAGUUCACAUGCCUACAUUUGUACUUACUGUA